GCGGAGAAUUAAAAAAGUGUUACGCAGUAUCGGGACUACAUUUAUUGGGCAAAUUGGAAUACAGGUGACAUUGAGAGGGCGGACAAACUCACUGGAGCGAAUUGUACCAAGAUCGGCAAGAUCGGCAAGAAAAACACAAGUAUGAAUGAUAAUUCAACAAAAUCACAAGCCACAUACACUGCAGUUCGCUUUUACUCGGACGAGACAAGAAAAGUGUCUGUUGUGCCAAUAUCACAUGUCCAAGAUUUUAAUGCAGAAAACUAUUCUAAUGAACCAUAUUUUAUUAGAAGAUACAAUGACAGCAAUGACAAAUUUAGUCUGUCACCGGGAGAAGUUUUAUCUGUUUCAGACUUUGAACGAGCAAUAAGUUCCCGCCCUUCUAGAGGGCAGCCCCCGGUUGGCGGCGCGACUCGGCGCGCCACGCGUGCGUGCGGGCAUCAGUGGUGCUCACAAGAGCCUCGAUCACCGUCGUGUUCAGACGUGUCGAUUACGGUUUAAGUUACAGAGUGUGAUAUACUUAUAUAUAAUAAAGACAGUAUUCAGAGUGUACAAAGACCAAGAUUGUUGUGUUCCCUGCUCAUCUCACCACAUUUCAAGUCGUCCCUGAUUAUAUUUCCAAUAGGUUAUGGGCCCAGGGCACGAUUCCCCUGCGUGAGGAACAUAGCACGAAAGUGUAUAUACGAAGUGUGUGAGACGCCGGCGAAGGGCAUAGAAAGAGAUAGAAGCAUUUAGAAGAUUAGAGGAUGGAAGAAGAAGAAGGCCAAGAUGCGCUGGUCGACUACGACAGCGAUAGCAGCUUUAUCACGGUAAUAGAUAGAGAAGCAAAAGAUAAAAACGAGGAGACAGUAAGAAAAGAUAGAGAAGCAAAAGACAAGAAGGAGACUGAAGCAAAGGGUGCAAUCCCGAAACGCGGCAAACCAAAGAUAAUAGAAAACAUAGAUGUGAAUAGAGAAUGGGCUGAAAAUCGUCCUGUACUACCUAUAGGGACAAAGAUACUUUACGAGAAACAAGAAAAGAUGGUUGAGAAAAUGGACAAUUCGAUGCAGAUGCUGGAUAAAGUAAUGAAGAAGGCCACCGAGAUGAUGGAGAAUAUGGUGGAAGUCUCCCGUUUAAACUUAGAGAAAGAAAAAGUUAAACUUAGACGUUUAGAGUUAGAAGCAGAGACUAAAAACGAGAAUAAAGAAAAAUUAGAGAAACCCGAAGUCAGGGUACAGAGGGCUGCUGCAGAAGAGAACAUAAAACAAGUGAAAUGCUACAGAUGCAACCGAAUGGGUCAUAUGGCAAAGGACUGUCCACUAAUAGAAUUUGGUGCCUGGUUUUGUUACUACUGCCAGGAAGUACGAGGUCACAAGGGUGAUAAUUGUCCGAGUGCCGAAGCCCAGGCGAACAGAGCUAGAGGAAAAAGGUAUUUAAAUAAAACCGUUAAUAAAAACAUAAAGAAAAAGGGUAGAUUUGUGCAAAAAGGCACAAAAAGAGUAGAUAACAAAGGGAAAAUAACAAAAGAUACAACUAGCUGAGAAACCUAUAUCAACGAAAACAGCAAAUGAAGGAGAAUCAGAAGAAGGUAAAUAAUACAUGGUUAAAUUAAUAGAAGAUAGAGAUAGUUCAAAAGAGGUAGUCAAUUUUACUGCAGAUUCGGGUGCUACGGAUCAUAUUGUGAAUAAGAAUUUUAUUCUGUCAAAAUUUGAAAAAUGUAAAGAUAGAGUUAUUAAAUGCGCGAAUAAAAAUGAGCUUGCAAACAUUUCAAUAGAUGGUAAAGGAGAUCUUACGCUAAUAACGAAUGAAAAAGAAAAGAGAGUCAUUAAAUUAACAAAUGUAAUUGCAGCAAAGAAAGUAUCCAAAAAUUUACUAUAUCUAAGAAAGUUGGCUGAUGCAGGGUUCAGUAUUUAUUCAGAUGAUAAAGUGUUUAAAGUUUACAAUAAACUGACGAAUAAAAUAGUUUUUAAAGGAAUUUACAGAUGUAGAGCAGAAAUAGUUCCACAUAGUGAGCUUCCUGAACAAUCGCAAGCAAACAUUCAGACCAAUGAAUUAUCAAUUUCGGAGGGAGAGUUAAAUGAGAGGGAUAAUGUUGGCUCUGCGAUUGGGAGGGAGAAUGAAGGAGAGCUCACAAAUGUGAACAAAAAUAUAGAACACAAUAAUGCUGAACUCGAUCAAUUCAUUAAGUUAGAAGAUAUACAGACAAUAGAGAAUAUAGAAGAAAUGUGUGAAAGCUCAGUAAUUAAAAAAGUAAAGAAACUAGAGAAAAUAAAUGAGGUGAUGUUAUGGCAUGUCAGAUUAGGUCAUGCAUCGUUAAACUAUCUAAAACAAUUACAAAAAGUAGAAAAGAGAUUAGAAAAUGUAAAGUUUGAUAACUUUAUAUUAGAGUGUGAAGUAUGUAUAAUGGCAAAGAUGGCAAAACUGCCGUUUAAAGAAAACAGAAAUAGAGCACAGAGACCACUGCAGGUAAUACAUACGGACAUCAUAGGUCCAAAACCUACAUCCUAUCCAGGACAAAAGAGGUUUAUAAUCACUUUUAUAGAUGACUAUUCUAGAUUAGCAAAAGCCUACUACUCUCUGAAGACAAAAGAUGAAUCGGGAGAGGCUCUAGAGAAAUAUCUUAUAUCCGCCAGAAAUCUACUAGGAAAAGAAAAGCUAUGCUAUGCAAAGUCAGAUCAAGACAAGGAAUUUACGGGAGGUGCUUUUAAAGAGGUAUUAAAAAGAGAAAAGAUAAAAACCAUAUUUGCAUCACCGUACACUCCAGAACACAAUAAAGUUGCAGAAAGGUUC